GAAUGAAAUGAAAGUUGAAAGGGAGAUGACAAUCAACAAGAAGGAGUGAGGAGCGGAAGAAGAGCAUCCCUGACUCAGUCGAAAGACAAAGGAGCGUUCAUUCAUCAUGUCGAAAAGCAAAGCGAAAAAGAAAAAUAGUGAUAGCGAUGAAGACGACGACGUUUUCUACUACCGCUAUAGCAGCGUCAACCCUACCCAAACUCAAACUCAAACCCAAACCCUACAACACAAUCCAAAUCCCAAAUCCAACAACAACAAGGGAUCUUCGUCUUCUUCCUUGGCUCCGUCGAAAUCAACGUUGUACGUUUCGAACAUCGACUACUCCCUCACGAACUCCGACCUCCACACGCUCUUCUCCACCUUCGGCCGCGUCGCGCGCGUCACCGUCCUCAAGGACCGCCACACGCGCCUCAGCCGCGGCGUGGCCUUCGUCCAGUUCGUGUCGCGCCACGACGCGCACGAUGCGGCCGCGCAGAUGGACGGGAAGGUGCUCAACGGCCGCACCCUCGCCGCCUCCAUCGCCGCCGACAACGGCCGCGCCCCCGAGUUCAUCCGCAAGCGCGUCUACCGCGACACCGAUCGCUGCUUCGAGUGCGGAGAGCAAGGGCACCUCUCGUACGACUGCCCGCGUAAUCAGCUCGGCCCCCGCCAACGCCCCGAGCCUAAACGCCCCCGCCGUGGGCCCCACCCCCACCGCCAUCGCCAUAACGACAACGACGAUGUCGGAGGCGACGAUGACGAUUAUGACGGCGGGGCUGAGCGGUUUGAGGAUGAUAAUUGGGCUUCUGUUGUGGAUGACGGUGCUGGUGAGAGGCUCUUGGCGGGAAACCAACAUGAUGGUGACGGUGUUGUGGCUGGAAAGAGUAAGAAGAAAAAGAACAAGGGUGGGUACUUCAGUGACGAGAGUGAUGAUGAUGAAUAGACUCACUCUGAAGGGUAUUUAAUUUUGUUCUAGAACUAGAAGUUUGAAAUUUAAUGAAGAAUUUAGUAACUUCUAUACCCUUUGCCAAUGUAGAAAAUUUUACACUCAGAAAUCAUUGUUGGUAUGAAUUUCAAGUUGAUGGUUGAUGGUUGUUUCAGCUGCAAUUGAUGAAUCUGUUGUUGUUGCCUGUUGUUUUAUGUCGAUCAGAAUUGCAGGCUAUUUCAAUUGUUCUAAAAGUUUCAAAUUUAACAUAGAAUUUAACUUCUGUACACUGACAAUGUAAAAAUUUCUUGUAUUACUCUUAAAAAUUAUCGGUUAGUAUUACUUUCAA